AUGAAGCUCUCGUUCAUCACCGUUGCCCUGGCGACCCUCAUCACCACAGUCUUCGGCCAGGUCGAGCUCAGUGGCACUCCCACCUCCGUCCUCACCGAGGGGACAACCGGCCUACCCGCAUGGCCGGCGAUGGUCCGCUUCGUUCCCGAGUUGACCAACGCGGAGCGCAUCCAGCGUGGUCUCAAACUUGCCAACCCGCGCAAGCUGUAUCAGAAGUCUCGAGGCGCUUCGGCCACGAUCGAAAAGCGGCUUGUCGGCCCAAGCGCUGGUCCGCCUCAGGCGAGGAUCCAGUCGACCAACAGGGCCUACCAGUUCUCCGACUGCGUGUACAGCUCCACCUCGGGACCCACCCCUAUCGGCUAUGCUAUCACCUACACGUCCAUCGAGGAUCUCCUCAACCAGUGCGCAGCCCGACAAGACGCCCGCAACAGCAUCUACGGCUUUAUCGUUCGGACGGGAACCGGUACCAACUGCUACACCAAUGUUAUCAAGGACACGACCGCCGUCGAGACUUGUGAUGAGCAGAACUUCGCCUUGUACCUCGCCGAGUGA